AUGGCGUCGGGGCGUGCGAAAGUGGAGAUCGCCCAGGAGGAUUUGAAUGGGGUCAUCCGCAAGUGGCAGGGCGAGAUCCUGGGAUUCCACUUCACGGGCAGCUACGAGGACAUCGCGCGCAAGAACGUGAACUUCCUGGCGAGCGUGAAUGGGCGGACGGCGAGGGUGUCCGCGAAGGACCUCCAGCAGGGUCUGAAGGAGGUGCUCGGGGAGGCGGACACUGCGCCCUCGGCGCGGGCAAAAACGAUGGCGGAGACGCUGUCGUGGUGCAACAAGAGGAGCGGCAACAAGGAGUUGCAGCGCCUCCCUCCCGCGGCGCAGACGGCGAUCCACGCCGGGAAAGUGGAAGCCGCGGGCGGCGGACAGCACUCGCCCGCCUCGACGCCGCCGAGCUCAGCAAAGCUUCGCGGCAGCCCAGGGGCGGCGUCGGCCGCCUCGGGCGGCGCCGCGCCCAGCGCAGCGGACCAGGGCGCGGCGAUUUUGGCCCUAUAUGGCGCGAGGGGCCCCCCGCGGAAGCGCAAGGGCGACGAGGGGGCGCACGUCGCCCCGUCGCAGGAGACCGUGGCCAGCGGCCCGCCGAGCACGAGGAAGGCCCGCGCGGCGCUCGCCUACCAGGCCGAGAAGACGGCGACCUUCAAGGAGGACGAAGACUGGGUGGAGUACAACACGAUGGAACUCGUGAGGGCUCGGCACUGCCCCGUGGCGUGGCUCGGGCUCGAGGAAGAGCGGUUCCGUCUUCGCCAGGGCACCAAGGGCUUCGCCGUGAUCACCGUCGACGGUGAGGCGGACGGCGAGAGGGGGAGCAGCCAGGAGACGCACGAGUCCGACCUGGAGGGCGCCGCGGGCGGCUCGAGCAAGCGGGGGCCGGCUGCGGCCGACAGGGGGCCUGCCGCGGCCGACGAGAAGCCUGCCGCGGAAGACAGGGGGCCGAGCUUGGAGGUGGAGGCGCGCAAGCCGCGCAGCCAGGUGCGCCAGUGGACAGCGGGCGACUACCCCGAGGCGCAGAUGCGGGAGAUGGCAGCGGGCAUGGUCAGCAGGCUGCGCAUGCGGGAGAUCGCGGAAGCGACCGUCACCGCGAUGACCUUCUGCGGAUUGAGCACGCGUCUUUACACGACACUGAUAGAGGUGGAGGACCCCGUGCUGCGCGCGACGGUGCUCCUCAACUGGAGCCUGACGGCGUUGCUUAUGCUGCAGUUCCACCUCUACCAGCCCAGCGCGGUGCCAGACGACGGGGACAAAAUGGUCGUCCAGACGAUGACGCCGAGCACCAGCUGGGCCCGCGGCCUUUCAGAGGACACGCAGGGCAGCCUCACAACAGAGUUCCGCAAGGUGGACCGGCAGAUCUCCGUCGUUGAGUGCAUGGGCAAGAUCGCGUCUUUCCACUGCCUGACAGACCUCGUCGAUGGCGAGGAGCCCGUCCUGAGCAGCGUCCUCGUCAGGGGCGGCAACGUGAAGUCCUUCAGCGACCUGCGGUCCCUCACGUUCUUCGACAGAAAGCUCUCAGAGCAGGCCCCGGCCCUGCGCAGGGCCGGCAAGACCGCGCCGGAGCUCCUGGAGACCAUGCACAGGUGCUCGACCCUCUGAGAGCCCCAGCGCCUUCCUGCGCUGCGGCGCCACGGCGCGGCCGCCGCCGCCGCGCGGCGGUGGCGCCGGCGGGCGCGUCCCGUGCGCGCGUGCACGCCCGCUGGCGCCUCCGCCGCCCUCUGGGUGGGCGGCGUCGACGUGUGUCCGCCGCCCUCCAGGGGCGCCUGUUGGCCCUUCCGACUUGGAGCCGGCUGGAGGUUCGAAGUGGCCCAGCGAUGCACGCCGAUGGGCUCCCCACGUCGGCGUGCCACUGAUGUUGUCUUUGCCCCCCCCAGUUGGCCCUCCCGCCGCCCGCGACUCGUUACGCUGUGCUGGCGCUGGCGCAAGAAUCUUCUUGCGCGCGCCUCGGGCUCAGAGGAAAGAUGCGAA